UUGCACUGAAAGCUUUGCAGUUUUACUUUUGUGGUUUAGAAGUGAUUGAGCUUGAAACUGAUGCCGCAAAGAUUUUAGGCAUGAACCGUUUGUGAUGGCUUGUGAGGUUCCGAUUCUCCAAAAAGAACUAGACGUGCUGACUGUUUGUAAACCUGCAUCUGUCCCUGAGCAUCACAUUCGAACUGGUUGUGGUUCUGUGUCUGUUAUAGUGUAUGGGGAUCCUGAGAAACCAGCUCUGAUCACUUAUCCAGACCUAGCACUAAAUUAUAUGUCAUGUUUCCAAGGAUUAUUUUUCUGUCCAGAGGCAGCUUCUUUGCUGCUUCACAACUUCUGCAUAUAUCAUAUCAGUCCUCCUGGACAUGAGGUGAAGUAA